UAUACUAGGCUCAGCAAGCUGGUCAAGAUGCUCGAACAACAAAUUUUGUGGGAUAUUUUUUUAACAACAGCGGCUUUCUGGGAUGGAGAAAGUAAAAAUUAUACUCUGAGUACAAAUGACACGUUCUUUGACAGAAAGACUGUUUUUUCAAUGGAAAACCUUCCGCAAUGGAAAACCCGGAAGCUUGGGCCUCUGGGCCUAAAAUUCCAUUACGUAAAGGCUGGGAAACACCCGGAAAAGGUCGAGCUGACCUGCCUUGCUAAUGCUAGGUCCACCUCCCGGUUGGCGCCCGCGGGAACCGUGUGAGGUGGCCGCGUGUAACGGCGGAACUCUCUCGAACACCGAGACGCUCUCCUCUCCUCCUGAGUCCUGACCGACGCGCGAGAUCCAACGGGAAGCCGAAGCCGAGGAGACGAAACGAGGGCCCCCGCCCCGUCCCCGCGCCCGCUCGUCCUCGUCCUCUCGCUGCGCCGCACCUGUCCUCUACUGUCAUCUACUCCCUCGUCGGCUCGUCGCCGUCCCCCCUGCCAACCUGCCAGUGCCAGGGGAUCUCAGCACCCUCACUUCCUCCCCACCGCAAAAAACCCCCACGAAACCCUCGUGCUCCCUUCCGUGCCCCACCACCCCUGCACUGACGCGCCUCGUCGCCACCCGAUCGAUCGAUCGCCUCGUGAAGCGCCCCGCGCGCGGCCCCUCUCUCGACUGAAAUCGGAAAUCCCCACCCUUUCUCCAAUCUUCACCUCUCCCGUACGACAUGGAAGCCGCCGCGCUUGGCGUGCCGUUGGUGCAGGUCCGGGCUGCGGUCGCCGCCUAUGGCCGCGGCGCCGGCAAGGGCAAGGGCAAGCGGCGCGUCGUAGGCGCUUUCCACGCGCCGCCCGGCCGCCGCCGGACGGCGCUCGUCGCCGCGCUCCCGGAACCCCUUCAGCCGCUCUCGCCAGCGCAGGACGGCGCCGUGGCACUCGCGUCGACUGAGGCUGAUGGUGGGGAGGAGGUCCAUGGGGAUGUGGCUUCCGCAGAAAUCUCGUCUCCCUCUGGUGGUGAGCCUCCUCUGCUUGGACAAUGGCGUGACAGUAGAAAUGUUCUUGGGAAGACGGUGCGUGUUAGAUUUGUGCUGAAGAGGGAAUGCACGUUCGGCCAGAGCUUCCACCUUGUCGGCGACGACCCGGCGCUCGGCCUCUGGGAUCCGUCGAAGGCAGUGCCUUUGGAUUGGUCAGAAGGACACGACUGGACUGUGGAGAAAGACUUGCCAGCCAACAAGUUGAUUGAGUACAAGUUCGUGCUGCAAGAUUUGUCGGGCAAGUUGCAUUGGCAGAAUGGUCGUAAUAGAAGCGUACAGACAGGUGAAACUGCAAACAUUCUAGUCGUAUAUGAAGAUUGGGGUAAUGCAAAUAGUCAGACAGUAGAAGAGGAGGGUAAAGUGUCCAUUGGGAUGGAGGAGGGUAAAUUGUCCGUUGGGAUGGAGGAGGCUGUAGUUCCAGAUGAUAGUGAAAGCAGAGAUGAUAUUAUUGUAGCAGAUGAGCUACAGGUGGAUGACAAUCUAGCGGUCAUGCAAAAUGAAUCUAGUGUUCGAGAGGAUGACAAGAAAUCAACAGUUGGGACAGUUACUUCUGUUCAAGCUGAAUUAAUGAAGCUACAUGAAGCUAACCAACCAGAGAUGAACCACAAAUUCAAGAGGCGCUUCCUGAAACAGCGGACACAGAACCAGAGAACGGCGGUGUGGCAACGUGCGCUGACGACCGUUAUGCCGAAAGUACAGAUGAUGACGGUGUUCCAGUAGGAGGUACAGAUGAUGACGGUGUUCCAGUAGAAAAUCGGUGGACCGGUGCUUUUGAACAUGAGUUGCUUUGGGGUUGGAAGGCCCUGCAGCAGCUACUCAUGAGCCUGGGCUUCAAGAUGGAUACAUCAUGAACGAGUCAUAAGGUACUGCAAUACAUAGGUGGCAAUCUUGAUGUAUUCUGUUCCUUCCAUCGAUUUAGUACUAGUAGUAAAGACUAGCAGCUGCUGUCUGUUGGUAUUGUUUGAACGUUCAGUUCUGUACAUAUUAUUUCCCAGAACCAAACAUCAAUAAGCUGUCAAGUUUGUUCUCAGCUAAUGAGCAGCCACACUUCAACACUAAGAAGAUGUGUAAGGGAUGUCCAUCAGCAGUAUAUAUACUUGUCGUGAGAAUUACGACCAUGACAAGAAUC